AUGUCCAAGCUAGUGGAAGUGCAGAUGGAGGAGUGCAACCUGACCACGGAGAAGCCGCCGAUCAAGCAGCCAUUAUGGAAGCGGCUGGGGAGGAACCUGAUGAAGAACCUGCUGCUGUCUCUUACAGUGUUUGGUGUGAUAUUUGGAGCCUUUGCUGGAUGUCUGCUACGAUAUGCAGCCCCCAUUCAUCCUGAUAUCGUCAUGAUCAUAGCCUUCCCGGGAGACAUCCUCAUGCGUAUGCUGAAGAUGCUCAUCCUUCCUUUAAUCAUCUCCAGUUUAAUUACAGGUCUGUCUGGUCUUGAUGCUAAGGCCAGUGGGCGCCUUGGGACCAGGGCCAUGGUGUACUAUAUGUCCACCACCAUCAUUGCGGCAGUGCUGGGCGUGAUCCUGGUGUUGGUCAUUCACCCCGGAAAUCCUGCGCUGAAGAUGCAGUUAGGGGAAGGGCAGAAGAACGAUGAGGUGUCCAGCCUGGACGCAUUCCUGGAUCUCAUCCGAAACCUCUUCCCUGAAAACCUGGUGCAAGCCUGUUUUCAGCAGAUACAAACAGUUAUCAAGAAAGUGGAGAAUCCCCCAGAGGAUCAGAGCACUGCCAACAUCUCGGCGAUCAUACUGGAAGUGGCGAACGACACCCUGGGAGAACCACAAGGACCCAGCUACACCAUCACCAAGAAGUUGCAGUUCAAGGAUGGGAUGAAUGUGCUGGGUGUGAUUGGGUUCUUCAUUGCCUUUGGUAUUGCCAUGGGGAAAAUGGGGGAGAGGGCGCAGCUGAUGGUGGAAUUCUUCAACAUCCUCAAUGAGAUCGUCAUGAAGCUGGUGAUAAUGAUCAUGUGGUACUCACCCCUGGGUAUCGCUUGUCUGAUUUGUGGGAAGAUUGUGGCCAUCGAAGACCUGGAGGUGGUUGCAAAGCAACUGGGCAUGUACAUGGUGACAGUAAUCACUGGGCUUAUCAUCCAUGGAGGCAUAAUCUUGCCGCUGAUGUACUUUGCGAUAACCAGGAAAAACCCUUUCUCCUUCCUAGCAGGCAUCUUCCAGGCCUGGAUCACUGCACUUGGGACAGCAUCCAGCGCUGGGACCCUGCCUGUCACUUUCCGCUGCCUGGAGGAGAACCUGGGCAUUGACAAGCGAGUGACCCGCUUUGUUCUUCCAGUCGGUGCCACAAUCAAUAUGGAUGGAACUGCCCUCUACGAGGCUGUGGCUGCCAUUUUCAUCGCCCAGAUGAACAACAUCCAGCUGGAUGCCGGACAGAUAGUGACUGUGAGCUUGACAGCAACCUUGGCCAGCAUUGGAGCUGCCAGCAUUCCCAGUGCAGGACUGGUCACCAUGCUCCUCAUUCUCACCGCUGUUGGACUCCCCACACAAGAUAUCAGCCUGCUCGUCGCUGUGGAUUGGCUGCUGGACAGGAUGAGGACCUCAGUGAAUGUUGUCGGUGACUCAUUCGGGGCGGGCAUCGUCUACCACCUGUCGAAAGAAGAACUGGCAAACAUUGAUGCCCAGCAUGCCUUGCUCGAGGAUGGGAGGUUGCCCAAAACAUUGUUCGUGAAUGAAGGCAUGAAGACCCACCAUGAGAACAACUCUAGCCAGCCCAAUUACUCAGACAACUCUGUCCAGGCAGAAGAGGACAAGGUAACCAUGGCUAACAAUGGCACAGCUGCCAACUACACAAUUGUUGAGGAGGAACCUUGGAACCGGGAGAGCUGA